CUUGCAUUUUGGCAUCACUAAACAACACAACAUCAAAUUUGACACAUGACAUUUCCCAUGUUUUUGUUGGUUUUCAUUUCACAAAAAAAUUACUCAAAAAAAAAACUUUUUUAAAAUAAACAUUUAAUAAAUAUAUUAAAUCAAGAUGUCACGCCACAGAAUAGUCCGCACAAUGGACUUUAACGAUGAAUACGAUGGCUACGACGAUGUCUAUGGCCAUUCAGUUGACGACGACAGCUGUAUAUCACCAACAGAUGCAUCCCAAUGGUUAUUCGAUCGUGCCCGUGGACAACAGAGUAUGUCAGCUUUUAUAGCAAACAAUCGAAACAUCGCCGAGGAAGAUGAAGGUGGGCAAGAAGACGAAGAAAUGUAUGAAAAGUCACGAAGGGAUUCGGAAAGUUUCCAAAUGCCAGUGCUGAAUGACGUAGAUCAGGCAAAGCUAGUGUCGUGCAUUGAUGAAGUACGAAGUGUUGUUGGGGAUGCUGUCUCGGAGCGGAGAAUCGUUGAAUCAUCAAUGAGAUUCGCUUACGACAUCACAAAAAUCCUCGACGAGAUUCUUAACGAAGAAAGUGAGAAACCAGCUGCCAAGAAGGAAAAAAUAACACCAAGUGUCUCAUCGAAGACCAAACCUGCUGGUGUCGUUUUGGAAAAGCGACCGGAACCAGUGCCAACAAUUGCCGUGACUGUUCUUCAAGUUCCCGAGAAAGAUAUUCGCCGUGGAUUUGAAAUCAAUUCACCACAGUUUCAAUCGCCGGCUGUGUCGGGACGGAAUACUCCGGAACCGAAUAAUGGCGAAGUAGAUGGACCCCGCGUAUCGGGAAUAUUCAAGGUUUCCAAGGAACAGUCUCAGAGAAAUGCCCAACAAUUGUACACCAAGGAAAGAGCUGACGAAAAGCCACAUUUCCACAUGAUUGUCAUUGGGCAUGUGGAUGCUGGAAAGAGUACCCUUAUGGGUCACAUCUUGUUUGACACUGGAAACGUUUCUCAGAGAGUGAUGCACAAACACGAACAAGAGAGCAAGAAAAUGGGCAAACAAAGCUUCAUGUAUGCCUGGGUACUUGAUGAGACUGGCGAAGAACGAGCAAGGGGAAUCACAAUGGACGUUGGUAGUUCUAGAAUUGAAACACCCAACAGAGUUGUCACAUUGCUAGAUGCUCCAGGACACAAGGAUUUCAUUCCGAAUAUGAUUUCGGGAGCUACACAAGCUGAUGUAGCUCUUCUUGUUGUUGACGCAACUCGAGGUGAAUUCGAGACUGGAUUUGAACAAGGUGGACAAACACGAGAACAUGCUCUGUUGGUUCGAUCGCUUGGAGUGAGUCAACUGGCAGUUGUCAUCAACAAAAUGGACACAGUCAACUGGUCCAAGGAACGAUUCGACGAAAUCGUCGGAAAGUUGUCAGGUUUCUUAAAACGAGCUGGAUUCAGAGUCUCUGAUGUGACAUUUAUUCCAUGUUCCGGAUUGACUGGUGAAAAUCUAACCAAGCCCUCUACGGACCCAGAAUUGGUGUCAUGGUACACCGGUCCUUAUUUACUCGAUGUGAUUGAUAAAUUCAAGAUUCCCGAAAGAGCUAUCGACCGACCCUUCCGAAUGUCUGUUUCGGAUAUCUUCAAAGGAACCGGUUCUGGGCUGUGCAUCUCUGGACGCAUUGAAACCGGAGUUCUCUGUGUCAAUGACAGGGUUCUCGUGGGACCAAGUCGUGAACAGGCUCAAGUGAAAGGACUUUCUAUCGAUGAGGCUUCACAACUGACAGUUUUUGCCGGCGAUCAAGUGUCUGUUACCCUAGCCGGGGUCGACAUCAAUACAAUCAAUGUGGGAUGUAUUAUAUGCGAUCCACAGAACCCAAUUCCGGUGACUUCUCGCUUCCAGUGUCGCAUCUUGGUGUUUAAUGUCAAAGUUCCCAUUACAAUUGGAUUUCCAGUGAUUAUGCAUCAUCAAUCGUUGAUUGAGCCUGCCACGAUAAUCAAGUUGAACUCACAAAUUCACAAAGGUACUGGCGAGGUAAUCAAGAAGAAACCACGUUGCUUGGGUAAUGACUCGUGUGCUGUGGUGGAAAUAGAGACAACGAGGCCAAUUUGUGUUGAGAACUAUGCAGACUUUAAGGAAUUGGGAAGAGUAAUGUUGCGAGUAGGUGGUGUAACUAUUGCAGCUGGGAUGAUUACGAAAAUUCGAUAGAGACAGACUGGGAAGCGCUUUUUUUUGUUACUUGGCUUAGUUGUAAGACUUUUAUCUAUCUCUACUCAGAUUAACGUGUUUUUUUUUUUUAAGUUAUGUUGGAAUUCAUCAGAUGUUUUGGAAGUUCAUUCUGCAUUGUGAAAAAAAAAACAAACAACUGACUUAUCACAAAUAAACUGACACGUUAUGGCAAUAAA